AUGUUGAAAAAUCGUCGACAGUCCUUAACCAGUUUUUCCCUUCUUGGAGCUUAUCAGGAGCGGCGACAUGAUUUGAUGGACACAGAAUAUUUAUCAAACGAGCUAGCCAACCAAGUUGAGCUAAUUCAAAAGCAGUAUCAAUUCCUUAACUCCGAUGAUGAAAACAGCCCAAUUACUUAA